AUGAGAGCAGCAGCUAGCGGUAAGGUAUUAGAGGAAGUGUCCUCCGGCCCACCAUGGUCGGAGGAAGAGGAUGAGCUACUGAAGAGGCUAUGGGAUGAGUAUAGGCAUGCCCCUGAUAGAUAUGGCAUUAUAGCUAUCAAUCUCCCAGUACAUGAUGAUGGGUAUGAGCGCUUAGCAUCUGAUGUUAAGAGGAGGCUUGCGGAGCUUGGUAUUGCUACACGACUACAGUCAGGGGAUGAGGACGGCAGCGAGGAGGAUGAAGGUGGAAGAGGGGCUAAUCAUGUUGAAGGUGAUCAUGACGAUGAUGAAGGCGCCUCUUCUGGCUCUUCACACGGAGAGCAGGAUGAUGAUGACGAGGAGGAGGAAGACGGAUUCGAUAUCGAUCGCAUCAGGAAUCUGCAUACCGCCGACCAGGAGCCAGACAGUGAUGAUGAUGAUGCUAUCGGCUUUAGUGAUGACGAGGUUGAAGAAGAGGAGGAAGAGGAGGGGGAGAACUUGCCUGAUAAGGCCAAUAGGGUCCCGACUAGUGAUGUCCCUAUGCCCGAUAGUACUACUACUGAUAUCUCUGAUAAUGUCGAUAACAUAGUGGAGGCAGGCCUAGCAGAUACCUUGCCGGAGUUUGAGGAAUUGCGAAUAGGUCUUAAGAAGGUUCUGGAAGAGGCUACUGAUGACACCUUGCUAUCACAGAGGGAACUGGACAUGCUAGGUCCGGAUGCUGUGGACAUGCUCAGGGCUUCUAUAUCUACACCACCGUAA